AUGCCCUCCGGAGGAAACCUCAACGGCCUGUCCAAGAACCGCCUUGCGGCGCGCGCCUCCAAGGCCCGCAAGCAGCGCACCAAGAAGUCGGUUGCCGGCAAGCACAAGAUUGAAAAGGCGGAUGUGCGCCGCGGCGCAAAGCCCGGCUUGUUGCCUACCAGCGGCCCCAAUGCCCGUAUCAGCUCAAAAAAGGCGAAGAAGCUCGAGAAGAAGCUCGGUUAUGCUGUGCAGCGAAGCAUGGCUGCGUCGGGAGAGGCUGUCAUGAAGGAUGCUGCCGAAGAGGAUGUCAGAGACGGCCCGGACGAGAACGAGAUGGAGGGUAUUGCUUAG